GCCCCCUAGAAUUCAAGAGGAUACUAUUGUUGAUUCUUCCGAAGAAUUCCCAGAGCAUAAUGGCAUUGUUAUACUAUGUUUUAUUAUGAGUAAUUAAUAAGCCCCCCUCUAUAAUAAGACUCCUCUCUUUUAAGCCCCCCCCCCCAAGGACUGAAAAAAUAAGCAAGCACCCUUAAUAUAGUUUUCACGGUAAUUGAAAAACUGACAAACUGAGUAUAUCACAGAUAGUCACUGAAGUCCUCGAAUAAGCCCCCUUCUUCAAAUAGCCCCCUCCUUCGAAUAAGCCCUCACCCUAAAGUUAUUUUUGUGAACUUAGUCCCCAUCCUCGAAUAAGCCCCAAUAGGCUGAGCAGGUAUACAUCUGAAUUUUUAAGCACACUGACAAGGCUCAAAUGGAACAAGAAGCUUUAACCUGGGUAAUAUUUCUGGCUGCUGCUAAAUAAGCCCCCUACCUUCGAACAAGCCCUCCUUCGAAUGAGCCCCCAUCCCAAAAUACUUUUGCCAAGUAAGCCGCCUAUCUCUAUGGCCGUGUACGAGCUCCGCGAGUGACGAAUUUCCGGUUUUCAAUUUACCUCUUCUUCACAGAAUCAGUGCCGUACCACGCCGCACAAUGGCAUUUUGUAACGCAUCAUUUAUCAAUGGCAUUCUAUCACGGAAUCAAACAUUAAUUAGAAUAUUCUGACGUAGAUGAAAGAAGAAGCGGAGUUUUAAUACAGCGUGUGAGUUUCUUAGAAUUGCCGUUUCUUCUGGCUCCACCUUAAAUCAUUUAGCCAAUCUGUUUUAAAAGAGAAGACUUGUAGGUGAUUUGGAGUGAAACCUCUCCGUAGCUUGAUUUGCUUCUGACGCCUCAUACAGAAUGGGCCUAACUUGUGGUAUUUUAUGUAUGAAGUAUGCAAUUUUUAUCUUCAGUUUCAUACUUUUGAUUUCGGGCCUUGGAGUUCUUGGUUUAGGAGUUUGGUGCCGCAUCGAGGCAAGAGACUACGAUUCUAUUGUUGGAAGCGAGGGUCUCUCAUCGGCAGCCAAUGUUUUGAUUGGUUCCGGCUGCGCUAUAGUGCUUAUAGGUUUAGCUGGCUGUUAUGGAGCUUAUAAGGAAAGCCGACGCUUAAUGGCAGUGUUUUUCCUUGGUUUGUUUCUACUUUUUGGACUUGAAGUUGCUGGUGGCUUACUGGCCUUUCUGAAAAAGAACGAGCUCUACGGCACAGUCAAAGAAAAUAUCCACAAGGCUGUUACACACAUGUAUGGUGGGGAAGAUUCAUUAUCAAAGACCUUUACCAAGACCAUGGACAAAUUGCAACAAGAGAUGAAGUGUUGUGGGUUUAACUCGACAACAAAUUGGAAGGAUUCAAGUUGGUAUAGAAACAGGGCCGACAAAAAGAUGAUAACACCAAAGUCAUGUUGCAAGAACCAAAAAGCUUCAAACUGUGGCAAGGCUGACAGUGUUAACUUCGAGAAGGGCUGCAUUCAGGCAUUUAAUGACAUAAUCAACGGCAAUGUUGGCAUCAACGGAUUGGGUGGGGCAGCGAUCGGCCUUGGUGGAUCUCAGAUCAUUGGUUUAGUGCUGACUGGGUGGCUCUAUCGAGCAUUUGGUGUGCAUCGCGGAGGACAUACAAUGCUGACUCCGGGGAUUGUUUGAUUUUGGUGAUGUAAAGACAGAGACAAAUUUCUGCAGCGGAAUCAAAGCCGCAGAAUACGUAACAUUUAUUGGAUAUUAACAAUGCAACACCCCUGGAUAACAAGCUUGGUAAAAGUCUGAUUGGGCAACCCCAACAGUCGCGUUCUCGCAAUUCUGAUUGGCGUAUUUCGAUCCACAACUGUGUGUAUCUCUUUUCUAGUAUGGAUUUUUCGGUCAUUAUUCUGGCAUUUUAUACUUUGCGGACAAAAACUUUUAUAUGUCUUAAAAUGUUUCUCUUUCUCCUAAAUAUUGUAAUGCAAUAAUUUUUUAGCAAAUGCAUUUUUUCACGGUUAAGCAAGAGAUUGAUUUUGAGCUAUACCCGCACAUUUUAGUGACACUUGGGUUGGGCUAAUAGAAUUCCAAAUUUUCCAGUUAUAAUCCAGAGGACCUAUCUUUUUUAAGAUCCAUUUGAAGUCAAAGAAAAUCACUUUGUCAAAAUUUUCGCCAUGAGAAAGAUCUCUCUGCUAGGUUUUGGCCUUGAGAGCACGUUUGAAGCUUUCUCAUUAUGUAUUAUUCCCUUAAGAUACUUUUAGGGUGUAAAACAUAAUGAGAUUUAUUUAUACAUGAUUCUUGCGGUUGUAUUACUUUAAGAUUAUUUGUUCAAAAGUUCUGAUUGUAAUUUUCGUUUGUGAAGUUAACCAACAGCAGAACUGUCCUGUCCUUGUUUAAAGUCAAACUCUGCCUUUCAUAGAACGGUAUAAGAAAGAAUUAUUUCUUACUUAUAUAACUAGGGGUAAAGAAGUGGCCUAAAUGAGUUAUGCCAUCAUAUAUAUGGGACCUUUCUGAAGGCAUUUCCUUGCUAGGAUGGAAGUUGUAACAAAGUAGGCAGGCAAAAUCUUAUGCAUUAUGCAGUUCCUUAUUAUCUGCAAUCGGCCUAGCUAAAUUCAGUUAAUGACGUAACAAUUUAUCCGUUGUGAAAGCUGUGUCACUCCUCCUCCUCCUCCUCCUUCUCAGUGACACAAGUUAUAUGUCGGAGAGCAGAAGGUGCAGUCCUGUCAAUAUCCCAUUUACUUGCUAAUUUGAUGCCCAUUUGGGAAUUAUUGUGGUAGAUGCAUUGUUCUACUUUGCAGGAGGUAACUGAUGUUCGCACAAUGAAAAUGCUGAAGACCUGCUAAAUUUUGGAAAAUUGGUUUUUUCUUUACUAAAAUUUGGAUUCUGCUGCAUUAAAAUUAGGAUUCUGUUUCACUACUUCUGAUUGGCCUACUUCGACCCACAAUAUGGGCUGGGGGUUAGUUAGGGGGUGAUGUUACCAAACAAACAAGAGAGACUCUUGUACAAUAUGAUGCAAAAUAACAACAGCAAAAGUAGAAUUUUUCUACUUUUCUGUAUUAAAAACGAGGGGUUUUUAGCCUCCCUGAGCCCCCAGCAAUACACCCCUGGUUUUGACGUCUUACAAUCUGAGAGUUUCACACAAAAUGCUCUAGCACGUUUGCGUUUUUCAAGGCCAUCUUCACUGUCUCCUUAGCAAUGCACAUUUACGAGGAUUAAUAAAAACAAUAUUACGUUAAUAAAUAACCGAAAUUUCAAACAUUCAGAAAACAGGCUGAGCUAGUGUAAAAUGCAAUUUUGAAGAACAUUCUAUCUCAAAAACGAUUAUUGUUAGUGUUUUUUUGGUGAAUAUUCAGACUUGUUGGCAAACGAAUGUUGUCUCACUCACUUUGUUGGCAAAGAAUACCUGGAAACCUCCCUAGAGCGAAGAAGCUAGCAAUCGCACUGCUUGAACCCUAUUGAUUUAAGAACAAAUUAAGAACGAUCUAGCCUCAGAUUUUCGAGAAAAUUAAGAACAGUCAGUCUAAACUACAAUUUACUGGCUCUUAUAACAAAAAGAGUGUAUUGCUUGCCCAAAGUAAAGCAGCUUCGGAAUGUCGAAGCACAGUUCGUAACGAUGUGUCCUCUUUCCAAAAAAGUAAGACAAAAUAUUGAAAAAAAUAUUGCUAAAAAAUUCAAAAUAUGAAUGAAUUUGUUUGGUUAUUAAAGGCUCUUGCACAACCAUCAUGCUUAGCGGCAGUUGUCUUGAGAAUUUGACUGUAUGUUGUAUCCUUAAGGCCGGUUUCCACUAGGCGAAUUCUUUCGCGCGAAUCGAAUUUUUGCCAAUAUGAGCAUGCGUGGUGUAAUGUUCUCAGAUUUUGCAGCAAAAAAAUUCGAAUCGCAGAAAAUAGAUCGUGGCCUACUCUAUCGCUACGAAUAUUUUUCGAUUCGCGCGAAAGAAUUCGCCUAGUGGAAAUCGGCCUUUAGGUCGGUUUUUUGAAUUAUAAUCGCAAAGCAUGCCGGUUGCGCAAGAGCCUUUAAGUCAAAAUAAUAAGGACUGCCUUAACUGGAUAGCAACAUUUUUCAAAAUGUUAGAUAAUAAGAAUCACAAUGUUAAAUAUUGCCUAAUGCAAACUCAUAACAGUUGAUAUCGUUUUGUCCUAUAAUCUACUCUCACUGGUUUUUUUAGAUAAACUUUUGUAUAUAUCGCUGAUAGCAAUAAUUUAACGCGUUAUAGUUCACAGUAAAUUCUAUUACACUCCAAAUUUGUAAUAAGAUUAGAGACCAUCUUUGUCUCGAUACCUUUUGAUUAAAAUAGAUCAAGAAAUAAAAAGACAAUAUACUUCUUUACGUCAUUAAGAAUAGAUUUUAGAAAUUUUUCAAUUUUGACCAGAUAACAAAGAGGAACUUUGGCCAACGAAAAUUUGAUAAGAUAUGGCCAACGAAAGAUUUGGAAAUUGUGCGGAUUACUGUUAAUUUGGCUCUGUUCAAAACGUUACGAGACAAAAUUAUAUGUGGACAUGGCCGGUUGCAAAAUCAACUUCUUUCAUGGAAAGGUAGCCUGCGUGCAGACUCGACUUUGGGAAAUUUUGAGUCUGCACGCAGGCCCUGUUCAGCAGCUUUGAGGUUAACACCUAACACUGAAACCCGGACUUGGUUCCUGUAAAACGUGGAGAAACUCUUUGGUGUCAUAUCAUGAGAUCCGAUGAGAUCAUCAAAGCAAGAUCGCCAUCGCCAAAGAAAACUGUGAUGGAGAAAAGUAAUUAUUCUUAGCUUAACUCGCGAAAUUCUUGAGCUACCGCAUUUUAUUUCAAGUUAUCCUUCAAAUUGUUUCCUAGGUUUCCAUAUCCAAAUUAUGGAAGCAGGAAUAUUAUUCAUAUCUACCGCACCGCACGGUGUGAAAAGCGGAAAGGAAAUGGUCAAU